CUGCGCCAACCGCUCAUCGAUGCAAAUUGACUGAAAAAUUUGUAUCGUGAAAACAUUACAAACCAGUCGAGCGUCGCUAGCACUCGCGACGCUUGAUGGCACGCUUAAUUUGCGUAUGAUAGCUCUAGAUAUCACAGGUGGACUGGUUCUUAUUACUGGGCGUGAUUACUAGUUGAUUCCCGAACUCAGGCUAACUCGAGUCCCCGGACUCCACGACUGUCAGGACUCAGUACUCAGGAUUGUUGCUCUCUGAACUGAGUCUAUGUCGUUCCAGGACUGUCAAACUCUACUAGUAUACUUAUAGAAUAGGCCAAGAUCUAGAAUAGGCCCCAGCAUCAAGCGACGUGCUUGACCCGUGACAGUUAUUGUCAUCAUCCGCAGCUGCGCAGUUUAUGCGCAGUUUAUCAUUGUGCUCGGGGUCCACCUCCUUUGGUGAUGUUAAAUGGGCUACUGAUGAGUUCUAACAAGUAUUGAAUGCACCGCUGUCAGGAUGAUACUGCAGAGCAAGGAAGAACCGCAGUUACACACCGCUAUGCCUAUUCAAGACGAUGAGGAACCCUACGAGUCUCCAUCCCAUAUUCCAGAUCACGACCCUCCGCCGUACAGCUUCUCGUCAGAUUCUACGGUCGUAACGUCGGCUAACACGACAGGGCUCGCCAAUGCGCUCACAAUGAAGACCAUUCGGCUGGAAAAGCACCAUGAGUUGAUAUCCGGCACGUACAUCAUCGACCCUGAUGAGUCAGGAGACGAACCGUCCGCUCUACAAGGCUUUGCAGCCAGGCACAGUGACCCAGUAGGGCUAAGGAAAGCAGCCGACUUCCUCACUGCAGCGCCGCAUGCCGUUUUUCGCAAUCGUUUCGGGUCCAUCUUUCUAACUCUAGCUACCAAAGGAUCGUCAGAACAAUGCCAUCGGGCCAUAAUUGACGUUUCGACCCGCCAUGGGGAUAUUGCCGUUAACUUGAGUUCUGUACAUCCUGGUAAACGUAUCACGCUGAAGGUAACUUCCCGAAGAGGUGAGUUGAAACGGAUGGUGCUCAGACUGGCAGUACAAGUUGGCGCCCACGGAAGGUCCGAUGACAUGAGAGCCGUGUUCUUCGGAUUUCACAUGGGAAACCAUGGAAAAUCUCGUUUUCACUACGCCUAAAUCUGUCUCUUCUACGUCACGCGUCAAAAUGUGACACUGCUGCUUAGCUCUUCUUUUGCGUCAUACUUAUUUAAUUUGUACUGACAU